AUGCGAUUAACACAUACUGGUGAAGAUGGUUUUAUGUUGUACAUUCCAUCAGAAUAUGCUUUAUGUGUAUAUGAUAUAUUAAUGGAACAAGGUAAAGAUUAUGGAAUUAUUAAUGCUGGAUAUUUUGCUCAACGGACUCUUCGAAUUGAACGCAUGUAUCCAUCUUGGGGACAUGAUAUUGAUAAAAAAACAACACCAUUGCAUUUAAAUCGAGAAUUUCAUGUUUCAUUUGAUAAAGAUUUUAUUGGUAAAGAAGCUUUAUUAAAACAACGAAGAGAAGGUGUACAAAAAAGAUUUGUUCAAUUUCUUCUUGAAGAUCAUAAUCUAGAUUCAGAUCCAUGGCCAUGGAGUGGUGAACCGAUUUAUCGUAAUGGUAAAUUUUGUGGAUUUGUUACAUCUGCAGCAUAUGGUUUUACACUCGGAAAACAAGUUUGCUUAGGACAUGUUCAUGCUCCCGGUUCAGAAAAUAUAACAAUCAAUUAUAUUCGUGGAGCAACAUAUGAAAUUGAUAUAGCAACUAAACGAUUUAAAGCACGUCCUAAUAUUUAUCAACCAUCAGAAAUGGGUCCAACCGUUCAACUUAAUAUAAACUAA